AUGUCUAGGAUUACUGUAUUAAUAUCGGGAUCAGGCUCCAAUUUACAAGCUUUGAUCGAUGCUAAAAAGGAAGGGAAAUUAGGUUCUGGUGAAAUUGUUUCAGUUAUUUCUUCAAGUAAGAAUGCUUACGGAUUAACAAGAGCACAACAAGCAAACAUCCCAACAAAAGUACAUUCCUUAUACAAAUACACAAAAAAUAUAGCCAAAGAGGAUAAACAGGCUCGUGCACAAGCAAGAGUCCAGUUCGAAAAAGAUCUAGCACAUGUCGUCUUGGAGGACAAACCAGAUUUGGUAGUUUGUGCUGGGUGGUUGCUGAUUUUGGGACCUGCAUUCUUAGCAAAUGUUGAAAAUACAAGAAUCAUCAACUUACAUCCGGCUUUACCUGGAGCUUUUGAUGGGACGACUCAUGCCAUUGAGAUGGCUUGGAAGAAAUGCCAAGAGACUGAACAAACUUUGAUAGCCGGCUGCAUGGUACAUUAUGUCAUUGAAGAAGUAGAUAAAGGUGAACCUCUAGUGGUAAAAGAAUUAGAAAUUGUACCGGGAAAAGAGACCUUGGAGGAAUACGAAACAAGAGUACAUGCCACAGAACAUAUUGCUAUUGUCGAGGCUACAAAGAAGGCAUUAGAACCGAAAUAG